GGCUGAUACAAUUUCUCAGAGACUCCGCGUGGAAGAGAUGGAUCUGCCUGGUAUUCUACGAUAAUCUCUUGGUGCUGUCAAUAAUUCUCCUCUUUCUUUUUUCUUUCCAGCCCUUGCAUACCAGGGUGUCUGGCUGAUCGCCAGCUGUUGGAUUCGGGGUCGUCAAACCAACUAGACUAAAAAAGGUGUCCGACUCAGCAUAGUGGUAAUAUUAUAUAACUAUAGCUGUCGCCGGCUUAUCAAUCAAUCAGUCAACUAGACCGCCUGCAUCUCACUUGACACAGACUGAGAAUGGACGACAACGCUGAGCUACAAUCGUUCCGCCGCCAGUGGCGUGAAGAAGUGGCUCGUCGAACGAAGCAGCCUGUCACUGCGCAACCACAAGUGCCGAAACUGUCGUCAACUGCACAGCCUCUGGUCCCUCCAGCACGGCACGAAGCGUCAGACCGCAAAGAGGAGGAGGAAGAAGAGGAUGAGGAGGAGGAGGAAGAGGAGGAGGGGGGGGAGAGGGCAUCUGAGGAACCCCGAGCGUCAGAUCAUGGCGAUGUUGUGCAGCAGGUGGGACAGCUAAGCUUGGAGCCCAAAGAUGACGAUGCCUUUCUGAUGAAAGGCAUCAAGAAGGAACCUAGUUCGGCGUUGGAGCACUUUGAGACAGCGGUGCAGAAAGAGGCAGAGGGGAACUUGGGGGACAGUUUAACGCAUUAUCGCAAGGCUUAUAGGCUGGAUUCCGCUGUUGAAAAGACCUACCGGAACAAACACUUUGCUCACUCGUGGAAACCGAAGCCCCAGCCUCAGCCUGCCGAGGUAUCGUUGCCACCAGCUAUCCAAAAAGACGAGGGAGAGAAAGAGUUUCUGCCCACGCCCGAGCUGAUUGCCUCGUUCGCCCAUCUCCCGGUUCCGCAGGCGGAACCGUUGAUCGAGAAUACGCCGCCACCGCCGUGCCCGAUCUCCAACAUCCCUUCGGAGGUGCUGGUGUUGAUUUUGAAGCAUGUCGCGAUGAUGGAUCCCGCGUCCUACUGUCGCCUGUCGCUCGUGUGCAAGCGGUUUGCGUAUCAUUUCGCCCAUGAGCAGCACAUAUGGAAGCGGAUAUGUCAGGGCGCAGAGUUCGGAUUCAAGGGGAUGCACUAUUCCUUUGGCUGUGAUGUGCUGGGCAACCCGACCUACACUCUGGGCCCUCAAUACACCCCCUUUCCCUCCGACCGGUCGGUGCAGAUCCCUUCACCAAUGGAUACGUGGAGCCAAGUGUUUCAGACCUUACCGCGGAUUCGGUUCACUGGCGUGUACAUCAGCACCGUCAACUAUACGCGUGCUGGCGCCGCAUCUUCCUUUCAUAGCAUUUCCUGGGGUGCGCCGAUCCAUAUCGUGACCUACUAUCGAUACCUGCGGUUCUAUCCCGACGGUUCGGUCAUCUCCCUGCUAACCACAACUGAACCCCUCGAGGUCGUCCCGUAUUUCACCAGAGAGAACGCGCAGGCGGCGCGCGCGGUCGCCGGUCACCGUCACCACCACCACCAUCACCACGGCCACAAUCGCCAUCCAUCUGACCCCGGUGCAUCUCUCUCUGGGUUAACUGACCCGGUUCCUCCGGCCGCCAUGGCAGCCCUAAAGUAUACGCUUCGCGGCCGGUGGCACCUCACCCCACCCUCUCCUCCAGACGACCGACCAGACGCCGAACAGUCGGCCACUGACUGUCCCCCGGCCCCCGGCAAGUCUGCCUCUGUCUCCGCAAGCACCGACCCGCGUGAUCUCGUCAUCGAGACUGAAGGAGUCGACCCCAAGUACAUAUACACAAUGCAUCUAUCGCUGCGGUCGUCUACAACCCCUAAGUCGCACCACCCGCGCCUCUCUGCCCCCAACACCUCCAAGAACACCAAGCUGGCCUGGAAAGGAUUCUGGAGCUACAACAAACUGACGGAUGACUGGGCCGAAUUCGGCCUGCGCAAUGACAAGACAUUUGUCUUCCGGCGAGUGCGCGGGUGGGGUAUGGAGUGAUGCUAUUUAACCAUAAAGUUGCACCCUAUCUCACUUGACAGCCUCUUUCAAGGAUACGAGUACAAUCUAGACGAUUUUUAUAGCCAUAUUAUUUUGUUG